UUUUACGAAAGAGAACUAUAGAUAAGCAACAAUGGGUUUUUCCUCCAAUCCAGCAUAUCUAAUUCCAGCCAAUUGGCAACAGAACGAUGGAAGUAGCAGCGCAAAUCUUCAGUUUCUAUCAACACAAUUAGAGCCUGCACCGCCACCACUACCACCACCUCCACCGCCAUCGCAACCUAUGUAGGUGCGGCAGGUUCCACCUGCCCUAGAUCCAUGCCCGAACAAGCCAGGUUAGCCAACAUACGAAUGCCCUUGGUCGCUUUAAAAUGCCCUCGUUGUGAAUCAACAAACACCAAAUUUUGUUAUUUCAACAACUAUAGCCUCUCACAGCCUCGGUACUUCUGCAAGACUUGCAAAAGACAUUGGACGAAAGAUGGUGUUCUGAGAAGCGUCCCUGAGGGUGGCCGUCGUCAUCGAAGGAAUAAACUAAGCAAUAGCAACAAUAACAAUAAUAAUAAUAAUAAUACCUCCAAGUCUCCAGCUUCUAGCGCUAAGAAUGAUGGCCUUAAAGCUACUACUAACAAUUCUGGUUCAUUCAACAGCAACAGAUUUUACGGUCUCGUGAAUCCUCAAAUCCCACCUCUACGUUUCAUGUCUCCUUUAGGCCAACUGACUGAUCAUUUUCAUUAUCACUAUACUCCAAGUGAUAAUAACAGUACUUUGAAUUACUCCGCAAUUUCUUCUUCAGCUCCAGUUGUGGAAACCAGUAUUGACAGUAUACAGCUCGAAAUGGAGGCACAACAAUUCCCUAAUUUAAUGGGCAGAUUGGAUCCGUCUAUGUCAUCUGGAAUUUACCCAUUUUAAGUUAUUUGCAGCUUGCUUUCUUUUACUGCCAGAAAACUUGUUUGGAUAAAGAGUAUUUUACUUAUUUAUACGCUUUUAUGUUAGACAAAAGGUCUAAU